GCUCAGUCGUUAAUCAAACGCGCCACAGUGAUUUAUUCAUUAAGUUGCUUUUGUCGAAAUCUCUUUCGGAAUUUCAACCAAAAUCUGCAUAAAAAUCUCUGAAAACCCCAUCGAAAUCAGUAAUCAGACUGAGCUGCCCUUGUAAGCAAUGUAUUCCGGUACUGUUUUUCUUGCGCCUCUUUUGGUACUCGUGUUGUUCUGUGCCUUUCAUUCAAGUGAUGGAGUGAGUUUUGUUGUCCCGGGCACCAAGUGGUGUGGUCCUGGAAACAUAGCAAACAACUACGAUGACCUCGGCACCGAGCGGGAGCUGGAUAUGUGCUGUCGGGCUCACGACAAUUGUAAGGAGUGUAUUCUGCCACAAAAGGAAGCCCAUGGCCUGAGGAAUGACGGGAUGUUUCCUAUAUUCUCCUGCUCCUGUGAGUCUGCUUUUAGAAACUGUCUCACCGCUCUAGCCAAUUAUCACUCUCUGGCUGUGGGGAGGAUGUACUUUAGCAGCCAGGAGGUUUGUUUCGCCUAUGGGCAUCCCAUCGUUUCCUGUCGCGAGACCCAGAAGCACAUCUUCGAGAAGCGCUGUAUCAGUUACCACGUGGACAAAGGUCGGUCUCAGUGCUGGCAGUUGUACGACUUGGCACUCUACACACACGUAACCAAAGACAGCGGCGAGGAAUCCUGAGAUUGAGCUUUGACAUCACCCGGCGAUAAGCGACUGUCUAUAUUCAAGUAGAAGAUUGUUGUCAAAACAAAUCUAAUGUUUACUUAUCUUUGCGCAAGGUCGGCUAUUGAUGUAAUUUAAAACAAAAGGUUUUUAAAACCAAACAAGAAAUUUUGUAUUUGCAAUACAUUAUAUGAGGACUUAUAAAUCUCCCGCUAAAUUCCUA